AUGUUAUCUGCUUUCUUGCUAACUGUCGCCACCUUCGCGGUCGCCGCGGCCAACGCUGCUCAGACGCGUCUCUCGCCUCCGCCAUAUCUCAAUGGCCUAUCGGUAAAUGGCAGCGUGUUCGAGCCGUACAACACCAGUUCGUUCGUGCCUCUGGAGGACUUGAGUCUGUUGUCGAUCACAGACUUCACGACACUCCGUCAUCCUGUGUUUCCUCAGCACUCGGUGCGCGUCAAAAAGUCCAACUUUUGCGACGGUUCUGUCGCGGCAUAUACGGGCUACAUUGACGUCCAAGCCCGUCACUUAUUCUUCUACUUUUUCGAGAGUAGACACGAUCCUGACACAGAUGACGUACUCUUUUGGACAAAUGGAGGCCCCGGAUGCUCUUCCUCAUCUGGUGUCUUUAUGGAACUUGGUCCCUGCAAACUAAAUAGCCCCACCAACUUGACAUACAACCCUUACUCGUGGAACGAGCGCGCUAACGUCUUCUUUAUUGACCAGCCAGUCGGUGUCGGGUUCUCCUACGCUGAGUACGGAGAAACGGUCACCACAACACCAGAAGCGGCGAAGGAUGUUGCCGCGUUCGUAGCCAUCUUCUUCGAGCACUUCAGCAAGUUCAAGGGUCGCGGAUUCCACAUGGCCGGCGAGUCCUAUGGUGGUCGUUACAUUCCGGUCUUUGCGUCUGCAGUAUAUGACCAGAACACCAAGCUCAUUGAGGCCGGUAUGACGCCUAUCAACCUGACGUCCAUUAUGAUCGGAAAUGGUUUGACAAAUUGGGCAACGAUGAUCCCUUCGUACUACGAGAUCCAGUGCAGCAACCCGUUAGCUGCGCCGGUACAAGAUAUCAGUACGUGUGUGAGAAUGAAACAGGCGCUAGGCCGCUGCGAAGAUAUGCUGAAGACAUCCUGUCUCGAUAAAUUCGAGAGCAUCGAUUGCAACGGCGCCCUCCUCUUCUGCCUCGCGGAACUUGACGCGCCCUAUUAUGCACGCAACUACAACCCGUACUACCUGGGCAGACAAUGCGACGGUGGCGUCGAUGACACAAUGUGCUAUCCCAUUACCAAAGAUAUUUCCGCGUACCUUUCGCGCACGGACAUCCGCACACUCCUCGGCGUCGACCCGUCCGUGCCGCAGACGUGGGUAGGAUGCAAGAAAGAGAUUUUUGAUGCGUUCUUGGCGAAACAGGAUGAGCUGUUCCAGACCCAGCUCUACAUCGCGGCACUGCUCGAGCGCGGCGUGCGCGCGCUGAUCUAUGUCGGUGCGAACGACUACGUGUGCAACUGGUGCGCUGUCACUUUUGACUUCAUGUGUCCGUUCUGUGAGUGGACGGGCCAAGACAAGUUCGCGGCACAACCGUUGAUUGAUUGGUAUGUCGAUGGUGAGAUUGCUGGGGCGACGCGCUCUUCAGGCAACUUCACGUUUGCUUCAAUAUACGGAGCUGGACAUCUGGCACCGUAUGACAAGCCUAAAGCCUCCAUGGAGAUGAUCAACCGGUGGAUGGCAAAUCAGGAAUUGUGA